CCGGCGGCACCCGGUCCUGCCCGGCUGAGCCCCGCGCCCCGCAGCCAUGGCCAUCGCCCACCUGGCCACGGAAUACGUGUUCUCGGACUUCUUGCUGAAGGAGCCCGCUGAGCCCAAGUUCAAGGGGCUGCGGCUCGAGCUGGCCGUGGACAAGAUGGUCACCUGCAUCGCCGUGGGGCUGCCACUAUUGCUCAUUUCUCUGGCCUUCGCCCAGGAGAUCUCCAUCGGUACACAGAUAAGCUGCUUCUCCCCGAGCUCCUUCUCCUGGCGUCAGGCCGCCUUCGUGGAUUCUUACUGCUGGGCUGCCGUCCAGCAGAAGGAGUCCCUGCGGAGCGAUUCUGGGAACCUGCCCCUGUGGCUGCAUAAGUUUUUCCCCUACAUCCUGUUGCUGUUCGCCAUCCUCCUGUACCUGCCGCACCUGUUCUGGCGUUUCGCAGCUGCUCCUCACCUGUGCUCAGACUUGAAAUUUAUCAUGGAGGAACUGGACAAAGUUUACAACCGUGCAAUCAAGGCUGCAAAGAGCGCACGUAACCUCGACCUCACAGACGGUGUCUGCCCAGGUCCGGGCUUUCCAGGAGUUAAGGAGAACGUAGGACAGAGUUUAUGGGAGAUAUCUGAAAGUCACUUCAAGUACCCCAUCGUGGAGCAGUACCUGAAGACGAAGAAGAACUCGCACCGGUUAAUCGCGGAGUACGUGGGCUGCCGGCUGCUGACGCUAGCCAUCGUCCUGGUGGCCUGCGUCUACCUGGGCUAUUACUUCAGCCUCUCCUCGCUCUCGGACGAGUUUGUGUGCAGCGUCAAGUCGGGGAUCCUGCGCAACGACAGCAGCGUGCCCGACCAGUUCCAGUGCAAGCUCAUCGCCGUGGGCGUCUUCCAGCUGCUCAGCCUCAUGAACCUGCUGGUGUACGUGCUGCUGGCGCCCGUGCUGGUCUACACGCUCUUCGUCCCGUGCCGGCAGAAGACGGAUGUCCUUAAGGUCUACGAGAUCCUGCCUACCUUUGAUGUCCUGCAGUUCCAGUCGGAAGGGUACAACGACCUGAGCCUCUACAACCUCUUCUUGGAGGAGAACGUGAGUGAGCUCAAGUCCUACAAGUGCCUCAGGGUGCUGGAGAACAUUAAAAGCAGCAGCGAGGGCAUUGACCCCAUGCUGCUACUCACCAACCUCGGCAUGAUCAAGAUGGACGUGAUGGACGGCAAAACUCCCAGGCCUGCGGAGAUGACGGGAGAGGAGCCCGGGAGCCAGCUGGCGGAGCUCACAGUUUUGACAGAUUUCGCUGAACAGAGUGGAGCUAAAGCAACUAACGGAGAUAAGCACGCUCGGCAGAGACUUCUGAAUUCUUCUUGCUGAUGCUAUUUUUCUUGAACAUCAAAUCCGUGACUUCUGUGACAUGGGAUUCAUCUGGUCUCAGGCACCCCUAUUUGGUUCAUAGUGGAUGGUUUGCAGCAAAUUGUUCUUGGUAGAGAUAUUGAGUGUGUCUUACUGAGUCCCUAAUGAACACAGCGGUCAACACGGUGUUGCAGAAGAUGGCUUAUGAACUCCUUCCAAGAAGCAGUGCAUCAUCAAGUCUGCGUGUGUGAGUCCUGCUAGAAAAAUGGAAAGAGUGGUAAGAGUCGUCAGGAGUAGGAGCCCUCUUACCAGGGUAAGCACCUCUCUGCUCCCGUGCAGUCACUGGACAGCGAGAACUUUAGGGGACUUGUAGUUUUAUGAGAUAAUAAUAAACGUGCCAGAAUACAACUUAGUAUGAGUCUCUUAUGUCCCCUUCGUGACUGAGGGACAAGAAGAGUAUUCCUCGUGGACCCCUCGGUCGACCUGCACUGGGCAGGUCCUUAAUCGGUGUGUGUCUGGUGCUGUGGUCCUCGUGCACAUGGGUACGUGUCGAUCCUGGCUCAUUACACUCCUCUGACCACUGGUGGUUGCACUCUGCCCCGAAGGGCAGCAGCCCAAGGACUGCUUCACCAGAAACUUGGUCAAGGGUGAAAGCUCCAGGAGUCCUACCUCGCUGGCUUCAACUCAAGAAGGAACACGUAAGCCCAGUGGAGAAACCUCAAUUCCGUCAAUUUUCAAAGGGGUUAGCUACAAGGUGGUUCUGUUAUCAAAGGCAUUUGAAAGAUGAUUUAUAUACUGUCAUAGAACGCAGGAACAUUGAGCACAAGCAACGCUGCCUAACACAAUCAAAGCCCAGGAGUGGCAUCUGCCACAUGGUGCCCUUGGAGAUGACAGAUAAGAAGGUUAUCAUGUUUAUACAGUGUCAGAAUCGAGGCCACGUGGGAAGACCAUCCUAGCAGCGAUGGAGCGUGACAGAAUCAGUGUUACAAAUGGGCGGGUCAGAUAGCACAGCUUCUUUCAUUAAGAGUUAGAGCUGGGGCUGAUGCUGUAGUAUAGUGGGCUAAGCCUCUGCCCACAGUGCCAGUAUCCCAUAUAGAUGCCAGAUCGAGUCCUGGCUGCUCCUCUUCUGAUCCAGCUCUCUGCUAUGGCCUGGGAAAGCAGUAGAAGAUGGCCCAAAUCUUUGGGCCCCUGUACCUGCAUGGGAGACCAGAUGAAGCUCCUGGCUUCAGAUCAGCUCAGGUCCAGCUGUUGCAGCCAUUUGGGGAGUGAACCAGCAGAUGGAAGAAUUUUCUGUCUUUCCCUCUCUGUAACUUUGCCUCUCAAAUGAAGAAAUAGAAUCUUAAAAAAAAUUAGUUAAAUUUGACUUGGCAUAUGACAAAAACUUUUCCACGUUCUGACCAUGUAAAUAGCUCUUAGAAAAUAUUCUUACAGCAUUAACACCUUGUUUAGGCGAGUGGGGCCUCGAAGUUUGCAUCUGGCUCUGGGCAGUGGUGCUUACCCAAUGCAGCGACUGUCUUGUGAGGAACAGAAGGUGCGGAAGGUACUGUCUGCCUUUCGGAGUGUUCAGAGAGGCAGAUUUCACUUGUAUGUCUACUGAUCAGUGUGUCAAGGAUGCAGUCAAUGCUUUGUUAUGCAUUAUGUGAUAUUUAAUACUGUGAAUUAUAGUGUGGCUUAGAAAUGGCAGGAACAAGUAACUGAUGCUACAUUUUUAUAUCACUGUGUCUGACACAGUCCAUCGUGAUCUCUGCUCUGGUUUCUUUUGAAAAUUUGAAGUUUGUUUAAUUAUAUUUUUCUAUGAUAUGGUUUUUUGAAAGUUUCCCUUACCCCAAAUUUGUAUUUGGAUUGAAAUGAUAAACAUGGGUGCUUUGAGACCGGGAACUCUCCAUGCCCUAGCACAUGUAGUCGUAUCUCUCAUAGUGGUAUAAUUGGGUCCUUGGCCUCUGUUUGAAUUCAUCUUUCCGUUUCCACUCUGAGCUCCAGUGGAGUCUGUGCCCCCCCAGGCAUUGCGCAUGGCACUAGCUGUGCAGCUGUGAAUAGGCAGGCCCUGUCCCGAGGGGCUCCGAGUCUCGCGAGAGGCAGCAGGGACAGAGGCAGGUGCUAGGAGGAGGAAGAGCAGCCCCCGUGAAGGCCCUGCCAGCAAAGGAGCAGAUCCUCUCUGUUCUUGGGAGGCGCCAUGCUGGUUUUUGUCUCUCCCAGAGUUUUCAUCACUCAUGGUGUUUGAGAGUCUAGUUAUGACUUUUCCCAGAGGCUGAUGACUCUCAUGAGUUUCUGUAGGCCCCGUCCUGUAAGUUGCACAACACUUAGUGAUUUUGAGCAGUAAGGGCUGCAGGUUUUCAGACCCUUCCUUGCUGAGGGUCAAGAGAACAACAGUUGUGUCUCCACAAGCUUGUAUGAAUGCCUGAUGAGACACUUCACCUUGGAAGCAUUAGGAAAGCUAACUCAUCCAUCCAAUGGGAGGGGCCGGCUGAGUAGACUGCUGUGUAGAAGCCAGGGUCCUGAGGGUGAGUAGAAAUGCUCGCAUAAAACACCCGCUGCUUUAUAAAAGGAGAUGAGCAGGUCUAAAUGAUGUGAUCCAAAUGAACGCAGGCUUCUAGCAUGCCUUAAUUUCACCAAGAGACAGGAGACCUCUUGUGGAAAGGUUUUUAAUCUUCCAGGGCUUCCAAACUCCCUAGCAAAUAUGUUUAAAGCUGUGACCCUCUGCUCAGAGAUGCCUACGCUCUGUGGCUCUGAGGUCAAGGAGCUGAGCUCUAAGGGCCGAAGAGCAAGCCCCAGGGCAGAGAACACAGCUCCCUUUGCCCUUGGGAAAGUUAUUUCUUCCAGCAAAAAGACUCUGGCUUUACAUUCAUUUAAUUAACUGCUUGCAUUCUUCUGAAUGAGCUGCAUCUUUUCGAUAGCUGUGUUUACUUUCUAGAGUCAGACUGAACAAGGUCAAGGGUAAAUAGGGCCCAAAAUGACCAGGAAGCUGACCUUGAUCGCUAUUUUCUCCCUGGCCACAAGGCAUUAUCUCCUUCCAGACUCAGAUGAUUGUCAUCUUCCCCUUCUUUGCAAUGUGCAAAGGAUGAACAUACCUCUGAUAAAAUGCAAGUUCCUGCCCUGUGGUACUGUGAGAAAGCUAGAAACUUCAAGCCACACAGAUGUCUGGUUUGCAUGUUAAUGUGUAGUGUGGAUACUACCUGUUCACUGCAUAAUGUCUCCCUAUCCAGGACUGAACUCAGAGGGGAAUGUCAGGGCCAGUUUAGCUGUGUACCUGUGAGAACUGGCACACCUUUUAAAAUGUGUUCUUUGUGUUUAGGGGCCAGCAUUGUGUCUUGGCAGGUAAAGUCGCCCCUAUGAUGCUGGCAUCCCUCAUGGGCACUGAUUCAUGUUCCUGCUGCUCCACUUCCAAUCCAGCUCCCUGCUAAUGCACCUGGUAAAGCAGCAGCAGAUGGCCCAAAUGCUUGGGCCCAUGCCAUGCAUGUGGGAGACCUGGAAGAAGCUCCUGGCUUUGGCCUGAUCCAGUCCUAAACAUUGCAGCCAUCUGGGGAGUAAACCGGUGGACGGAAGAUCUCUCAUCUCUCCUUCUCUCUAACUGCCUUUCAAAUAAAUACAUCAGUUUUUUUAAGAGAGCGAGAGGCAGAGGUAGAGAAAAGUCAUCCAUCCACUGGUUCACUCCCUAAAUGGCCACAAUAGCUGGAACUGAGCUGAUCUAAAGCCAGGAGCUUCUUCCGGUUCUCCCACGUGGGUGCAGGGACCCAAAAACCUGGGCCAUCUUCCACUGCUUUCCCAGGCCAUUAGCAGAGAGCUGGAUCCAAAGAGCAGCAGCCGGGACACAAACUGGUGCCCAUGUGGGAUACAGAUAUAGUGGCCCUGCAGAACCACUAUACCACAGUGCUGCCCCCGCCCCACUUUUUAAAAAAAAUAUGUUCAUGUUUAGUUUCUUUUGCUUAUUGUCAAUCCAGGUUGUCAAUAGGAGACCUCCAAGGGUGGGAGUUCUCAUCCACUGCUCCAAUGCCCAGCUCCUAAAGCCGUGACUGACACGUAACAGGCAUCCUAUAAAUUUUGUUGAGUGAGUGAAUAAACGUCUAAGACAAGUCCUGGUCUGUUGGUACCAGUGGUUCUGUUUUGAAGGGCACAUGCUCCUCCGUAGGAGAGGGGUUGGCUCAUUUAACCUCCUGGUAGAGAGAAGAGCAUUUCUGCCGAUGAAUGGUUUUCCAGUUAGGUAGUAGCUGCUCAGAUUCUCAUUGUAGAGUGAGUUGUGACCGCUUUCAAGUUCAGCGUUGCUCGGUGAUUAGGGAAAUUGAAGUUUUAAAGGUUCUGAUUUCUUAAUUCCCCAGAAAGAACCUCUUUUUAAAGGGGAUGUUGAUUGAGAUGUGCAAUUACCUGUAACUAAGGCUGGGCCUGAGGGCAUUGGAGGUGAAAUGCCUCCUCUUGGGCAGUCCUUGGCAUUCUGGCCCUAUUUUUCACAAAUAAAAUAAAACCUUUAAAAAAGAUGUACAGAGGUAAUACUGUGUCAUAAUAGAUGUCAAUUUCUGAUUGUCCUGGAUGCUUUCAUGAAAUGUGUUUUGUUUUGGGGUUCUCUUUUUAGCUGCAAAAUAUUUGGUCACCAAAGCAUGUGGUUUGAUCACUGCUUAUUCUUUAGGUGUCUCAAAGUUAGAAAAGUUUCUCAGAAAAGUUUCUCAUGCCUCGAGUGCUCUCCCCUGCCUAUCAAAGGAGAGAAAUCCUUGUAGAAUUCCACAGUGCAACAGAGUUCUAAAAACCAGAACAAUGAGCUCCUCUCUAACAAGUUGGCUUUUUUUUUAAAAAGCACCAUAAUUGCAAUUUAAUGGUAUUCUGUAAAGUGGUGUUCUAGGGCUAAAUUAAAUUUUUUAAUGACUAAAUUUCUUCGAAACUUUUAAAGAAAAAAAUUUUUUCUUGCCUUGUCAUUUGGUGAGAAUGUGCCAACAGAUGAAGAAUGACUUGAAAAAUUAAGAUCUUCGAUUGUGUUCCACAAAGAUGGGAAGAUGAAGACAAUUUAUGGUGCUAACAAAAUGAUCCUUAAAAACACCAAGAUUUUUCAAAGCUCUGCAGUUUGGGAGUUAUCGUUGUUACAUUUUUUCUUUCCGUGGAAGUCACUUUUCAAGGCUCUAUAUUCUAAUCACCCUGUUUUCCAGCAAAGAGAAAUGGGCUGGAGAUCAAGGCUGUUGUGUCUUCUGGUAACAAGGAAGUGAUGUUUUAGUUCUGCACUGUUUAUUCACCUGAAUAAA